GAGAGGCUAUACGGCGGAAUUACAGGGGGGGAUAUUUUUAAGGGGGCUCGGCGGCCGCGCGUGGCGGAGGAAUUCGCGGGACAUAAGCGUGGCUUCGGGACGGCGGUUCCCAUCGGACACCGGCGCGUUCGCGGACUGGGUCGCGUCGUCCGCCGCCGGAGCUGGAGGAGGAGGCGGGCGAGGGGACGACCUCUCGCUCGGAUUCAAUGCCAGCGCCGCGGCCGCCGCCGCCGCUUCCGCGUCCGCUUUGGGGCCCGGGCUCUGGGGCCCGGCCGCGUCGUCGAGACACCAUCAGGCGCUGAACUACGGCAUGGCGGCCGACGUCGGCAUGGUGGUCGUCGCCCCCGCCGCGUCCUUCCACCACACGCACCAUCACCACCACCACCACGAGGCCGCCGCCGCAGCGGCCGCCGCGGCCGGCGGCGGCGAUUCGAUCUUCCCGCUGCUGUCCGCCGGCGUGCUCGAUCCGGACGCGGCCAAGUCGGCGGCCGCGAGCGGCAUCCAAUUCUGGUCCUCCUCCCAGGCGCCGCCGCCGCCGCAAUCGCCGUCCGGCGGCGGGAACCCUAACCCUAGCCUGGGCGCGUCCUUCUACCUCAAGACGAAGCCGCUCCCGAUGCUCGACACCGGCGGCGGAUCCUCCGGUGGAAGCGGCGCCACGACGACGUGCCAGGACUGCGGCAACCAGGCGAAGAAGGACUGCGGCCACAACCGGUGCCGCACCUGCUGCAAGAGCCGCGGCUUCGACUGCUCCACCCACGUCAAGUCCACCUGGGUCCCCGCCUCCCGCCGCCGCGAGCGCCACCACCAGCAUCCUCCUCUCCUCGGCGCCUCCGCCGCCUCCGCUUCCUCUCCCUCCGCCGCCGCCGCCACCUCGAAGAAGCCCCGCCUCCUCUCCUCCCAGGCCACCACCUCCCACACCUCCACCUCCAACGCCACCACCCCCCGCAGCUUCGACACUUCCUCCAGCCACCAAGAUGCGUCGUUCAGGGAGCAGCUGCCGAGGCAGGUGAGGGCGCCGGCGGUGUUCAAGUGCGUGCGGGUGACGUCCAUCGACGACGGGGAAGACGAGUACGCGUACCAGGCCACGGUGACCAUCAACGGCCACGUCUUCAAGGGCUUCCUUUACGACCAAGGGGUCGACGACGGCCGGGCCAGCAACGACGGCUCCUCGGCCGCCGCCGCCGGGGUGCCCAACAUCUCCGAGCUCCACCUCGGGGGUGCGUCCGGUUCCGGCGGCGCCGCGAGGGGAUCGGCGUCGAUGGUGCCCUCGGACUUGUACGGCAGCGGCGGCGGCGGAGGGCACCACUUGCUUGGCGGCUCCGGAUAUGGUAACACCAUGAACUGAGCCUAGAAGAGUAAGGUUAAUCACACCGAUCAUUACCAUUUUUCUUCUUCUCUUCGUUGCUAGUAGUUCCCAGCCUUUCUUGCCAGCACCAUUAGAGAGCCGAUGAUGCAUGGUGUUUGCUGUAGUUCCAUCUGUUCAUGCUGUAUAACACCGAGGAAUUGUUGCUAGUUCUAGUAGUAAUACUAGUUCUUCAAUUUUCUAUCUAGUGUAGUACGGUGACAAGAAUAAUAAGUAACUGUUCAUUAAUCAGCAAUUGAAAAGUAUUCAUAUAAUGCACACGAUCAAAUUCAUCUUUA